AGCAGAACCUCGCAGAUGCGCCAACUUGUUCGCGCUGAACUAUGCGAUGAUCUGGAUCCGCGUACAGAACACCCCGAUAGCCAAGCCCAAGGUAGCAAGCUGGAUCUGAAUUGACGAGGCUCCAAGCAGAAGUAAAUCGCGAGUAUGGCUGCCCGAAUUGUGUACGAAGGUGCUGCUGGCGGGGGAGGGGAUCUCUUUCAGGGGAAGACGUUCUGGCUGUCUCAUCGGAUACCAAUGCGUACUACCUGGAAAAACCAAAUUGAGUCGAAUGGUGGAACUGUCGUGAAGCUGGAGGUAAACGCCGACAUGAUACUUGCCGACCAUGCACGGAAGGAUUGCGCACCUGGCUCGAUUUCAUGGAAAUGGGUAGAACAGUCGAUACGGAAUGGUAGACUGGAGAACAUCGAAAACUACAGAGCAGGGCCAAUUCAUGCACAAGUCAGGGAGGUUGGGUCUACGCAACCAACCAAGAAAACCAGAACUAAGUUCACGCCAGAAGAUGACAGAAUUUUGAUGGAAUGGGUAAUUCGAGCUGAAAGGAGAGGCUCUUCUCUUCUGGGAAACACUAUAUACAAGCAACUGGCAAUAAAAUACCCUCAUCACACCUGGCAAUCAUGGCUUGAUCGGUGGAAAAAAUAUAUCUCUGCAACCAAGCGUCCUACACUGCCUGAAGAUGACGAGGACGACGAGGAGGAGGAUGACGUUGAGCCUGCACCAGUUGCUCCGAAAUCCAGCCGGCCUCGUAAUCUCUCAGUUGUCUCGCGACCUUCACGACGUCCUGCUCAGGUUUCAGCGUCGCCGCCUCCAAAAUCCAGGUCAAAGCCACAUUCAGUACCAAUCAAUCAAACUCCUAUUGCCAGUCCUGCCGUCAGCACGAGGUCUCAACGUUCGUCAACCUCAAUUCAAGCAAUACCAUUUGUGCCAAUGUCCAUUGGCGGAAAUGUCUUCACCGAUGAAGAGAGUGAGCUUCUCUUUGAAGCCUAUGAUUCGAUUAUGGAUCUGAAUGAGGAUCAAGUCAUUAACGCUUGGAUGGCAUGGUCCAAUGUGCAUAAGAACCAUACCCCACAAGAAUGGCACAAUCAUUUUAAGGAGUACGUUGCUCCUACACACCAGGCUCGUAUCAGAUCGAAAGAGGCCGCAGCAGCAAAUCGCUCGAAAGAGAUGCCGCCUCCAAACUCUACUCUAGCACGGAAUGAUGCUUCAAAUUCCACUCGAGUGCAUGAAGUAAAAGAUUCACAGGGCUCCUCUGGACAAACUGUUCAGAGUCCUGCAAAAGAGAUCGGAAAGAACCCGUCUUUCACAAACAGUCCAAGGCAAUUCGCGAUAAACCUCUUGCAACUUGCAGACCAGCUUGAUUUAGAAGUAGAUCCCAACCCAGUCAUCUGUGGGAAAACGAUUAAACUGUUUGACUUGUGGCAGGUUGUUACAUCUGAUGAGUUUGGGGGAUUCGACGAAGUCAAUGGGCGGAGAAGAUGGGUCAAGGUCGCCCAAAAAUUGGGCUUUGAAGGUUCAAAACAGAGAGAAGCUGCAGGAGAUCUACAAAGCUGCUAUGGAGAAAUCCUGUGUGAUCUGGAACAAGGAGAAAGAGAAUUGCAAGAGGGCGAAGACAUGACUUCAGAGCUGGAAGCCGAAAUGAUCGCGAAUCAGCUUCGUCAAACAGCGGAACAACCAGAAAAUGUGGACAUUGAGGAGGGAAACUCCGAAAACAGUCAAGAAAGUCAGGUAUUCCUAGAAGAGGAAGAGGAACAUGACGACCUCCUGAAGGAACAAGAAGAGAGUGACGACGACCUGGAUAGCCCCCAGAUCUCGCCUCAGCGCCCACAACUUCCAUCUCCAUCUGCCGGGAAAAGAAGAUCCGGCAGUGAUCACAGAAGUUCUGAUAUGCCAUACUCCAAGCGUCAACGAAUCGACAAAGGCAAAGAUGAGUCGGCCGCCUCAACAGCCGUCCCCACUGAAUUUUGGGCAGGCUGAAACCUCCUCGCCAUCAGCCAGCUCAUCAAUUGAGGAAGUCAGGCCGAUCAAAUUCGAAAGAAAGAGACCAGCUUCUGCUCGACACCUCGAGCCUGAAACACAAGACUUCUAUCACCCAGCUCCAACCUACCCAUCAGUGCCUCAGGACGAUGAUCCCGACGACGACGUCGAUGACGACGAUGAUGUGGUGAUCCCAGGCUCUCACCCUGGACCUCUUGAAGAGGAAAGUGACAAUGAUGAUGACAACGAUAAAGACGAAUACGACGCAUUCGUCAACCGGGUACCACCUCGAACUCAACAGCAGACCUCUCAGCGUGAUUUCAGCAACGCCACAACCCGAGGUACCCUCCACUCAAGCAACAACUUGAACAGCGCCACCACUCGAGGCACCAUCAACUCCUCGAGCACCAACUACGAGUCCUCCACACAAUCACAAACCGAUUCUCAAAAAGAAGCACUGCUCGAGGCUUUCAUCACCAAACACGUCUCCGACGGCUAUGCACAAGAUGUUGUCAUCGAAGCGCUCGAAUCGACUAGCAUGAGUAUCAAGGAGACUUUGGCGGUUAUGGAGAGCUUGGCUAAUGGUGAAGGUAUUCCAGAAGACAUGCCUGGUGUGUGGACGUCGUGGGAUGAUGAGGCGCUUGCGGCGGGUAGGGGAACGGAGGAUUACGAUAGGGUGGUGCGAAAGCAUG